AUGGUGCUUGCAACUACGCCGUACUAUUCGAGCAUGCUGAUCGUGACGCAGGUUGCAGUGGAUCGGUUCUAUACAAUCUGCAAACCGAUAAGGCACAGAGCCACAUCAAGCAUCCGGCGAAGCUUGAAACGUGUGGCUGUAGCCUGGUGUUGCAGCCUCAUCUAUAGCACCACCCUCUAUCUGGAGCGGAUCUUGGCUUCUAAACCCUGUCCGGCUUUUGUUGCAGACCCACUGCAGAGCUCCUCUGGCGGGCGCUGCGACCAGAUGGGCGCGCUUGGACAGUACUCGGCUCUUAGCGACGUGUUUAAAGUCCUACCAUUCGUCUUUUGUCUGGCACUGAACUGUUUGCUGUACGCUCGAAUCGUGAAGACCCUAAGAGAUCGGUUUGUGCUUCGCAUUCAUCGUCCCGGUCGGCAGGUACCUGAAUGGAUCAGGAAGAUUCAACAGUCACGAGUCCAAAUCACCAAGAUGCUUGUCGUAAACAGCCUGGUGUUCUUCAUCUGUAACACACCGAGGUGUAUCACUCUGAUCAGUGGUUACAUCCACGAUACCUUAGGUGUUACCCGCUGGGAUGCCAACGAGAACAUUGAAGUCUUUUCCGGCGUUCUUCUCGUCUUAAACUCUUGCAUCAAUCCAGUAAUCUACAACUUGACCAACAAGAAAUACAGACGGGCCUUCCGAGAGGUGUUCCUGCCUUGUUCCUCGUCUACGUCAAGCCAGAGAAUGCCCACGGUUUUUCACCUCCAGAUAUCUUCUGACUGAGGAUCGGUUGCAUGGUGUUUGCACACCGUCGUGUUUCACUGUACAAUGUAUAUAUAAUUGUAUACCGCUAUUUAGCAUCCACUCACGACGCUAAAUGAAUGCCGGGUUAUUUUACUCUCGUUUGAUGCACUACGUUGAAAUAUUGGUGAAUAGGUCCCGACACUGUACAAUUUCUUCUUACCGUUUAAGCAUUUUUCUUUAAGAGGUGUAGGCCUAAAUAGCGUAACGUUAGAAUCUAGCUGCAACUGGAGUUCAUAGGUGUUGAUGGCGCAUGGCCAUCUCUUAAUUGUACCCCGAUCUGGACUGAGAGAGCGCGAAGGCUUAGCAACGGAAGCUCCUAUGGUAGGAACUACACUUUGAUGGUUCACAAAGACUGUGGGAAGCAUGUGUUGCGUGCCUGUCGCAAUCAACGCACCAAAUACUCCCGACUAGCAUGGCUCUUAUCCACCGACGAGGGUGCUU